UUGCUCAUAUCGAGCAUUCAUAAGACAAAAUUACACAUUUUCUCCUUACCUAGUUCACAAACUGUAGCUUGGCUUUCCGAUGAAGCAUAUCAACGCUGGCGUCUCCUCCGUCCUUCAUCUAAGGCUCUAACCAGUUAUUCAAAUCAACAGCGCAUUACUCUGCACACUUUAGAUGGCACUAUUCUUCUGCCCGCAGAUCGUUUGGUCUCUGUGCUUCCAGGACUGACUCUUGGCUCCUCAAAUCGACUGAUGGCCGGCGGUAGCGGCUCCUUAGUCAUAGAAUUGCUCGCUGAAAUAGUAAUGGAUUCUGGUGUGUUUACGAUAGUUAAGCUCAAAAAAAAUCUCCCCUAUCCUACCCAGGCCUCUUCUCUCCCUAUACCACUUGAGGCAUUCGCACAAAAAGAUUUGACUUCUGAGCAAUUCUUUCAGCAAUCAAUGUUCACCUCGCAGGAGCUGACAAGACUAGUGUCUCAUGCUCGUCAGACAAGUAAACUAAUUCUUUCGCUUCUCGGACUAGGUGACCAAGUCUGUAUGCAGGUUUUUAAACGUCUGCUUGGCUUUGACUCUUCAACAAACAUGAGUACUUUACAACCAGAAUCAUGCUCUCCGAAUCUUACUGAAAUACAUCUGGAUGGUUAG